AUGGCUCGCAGAUCGGGAAGACUGUCUUCCGGCAGAGAACAAGUGGCGAAACACAAACGGGCAGCAUCUGGCUCGACCGAGCUUGCAACUACGACGAAACGCCCGAAGAAGCAGCAAGCGACGCCCACCAAAAGCCAGUAUUUUGAAGGAAAUGGGCAUGAUGUCGCGGAUCCGGAGCUAGAAGAUGAAUCAGACCCGCCGACGGCAGACGAGACAGCGUCUGAGUUUGGAGAUGGUAGCGAAGCCUCUGCUGAGUCCCCAGGGCCAGACGAAGAUGCCGAGGAGGACGAAGACAGCGAUGAAGCCACUCCCCGAGGAAAGAACUCAGCCAAAGGGGCCAAAGUGUGGAAGCCGGGUACGAAGACGGGACUUGGCCCCGGAAAGCAGCUGGUGAUCAAGAAACCGAAGGCCAAACCAGCCGGCAAGACACCUUACACGGACGGCACGAUUCAUCCCAAUACUAUGCUGUUCCUUGGAGAAUUGAAAGCCAACAACGAGAGGUCGUGGCUCAAAAUGCAUGACGCCGAGUUUCGACAGGCCGAAAAGGACUGGCACAGUUUCGUUGAGACGAUGACACAAAAACUGACAAUUGCAGACGAAACGGUCCCGGAACUGCCGGUGAAAGAUGUGUCACCCUGGUUUAGUGCAGCGUGGUCACGGACGGGUCGGAAGUCGACGUAUGCCCACUACUACAUUCAGAUCGCUCCAAAUAAGAGCUGGGUCGGAGGUGGACUGUGGCAUCCAGAGGCCCCGUACGUCGCCAGGAUGCGCUCAUCCAUCGACAGCAACUCUCGAGCGCUCAAGGAAGCCCUGUCGGGUGAAACCAUUCGCAAAGAGUUCCUCGGCGGAGUCAAGAAGAACGACGCGGCGGUCGUGAAGGCGUUUGUGAAGAGCAACAACGACAACGCGCUCAAGAGCCGCCCGAAGGGCUUCUCCGCCGAUCAUCCAGACCUAGACCUCUUACGAUUGAAGAACUACACCAUUGGGAGAAGUCUCAGUGAUGACGAGGUGGUGGGUCACUCAGGCGCGCAGCGCAUCGCAGAACUGCUCUCUGCGUUUGAGCCUUGGGUCACAUUCCUCAACUCGGUCGUGAUGCCUGACCAGGCUGCAUCUGACAGUGACGAGGAGGACGAAGACGAAGAGCAGGGAUCUGACGAUGAGGAAGAGUAG